AUGGAUUUAGCACAGAACUACGGGGUGGACUUUAAACGGUCCAUCAGUAUUACUGGAGUUACUAGUCUAGAUUCUGAUGCUGAUAUCAUUGCUUCCUUGGAGAAGUAUGGGGUGGUAACAAGGAUUCUGAGGGUCCCAAAUGCACAACCAGAGUGUGGGGAAACUGUUAUUGCUGAGUUUGAGUCAGAGAUUACAAUGGGGGAUAACGAGUCAGAUUUUCCCCUUGAGAUUGAAAAUGUGACCAACAAGAAUAGUUUCACAGGGAAGGACAGGGUUGUAACUGUUCUAGCUUUAAUUGUCCCAGAUCACAGAGCAAAUUCAGAAAUUCCAGUCCUCAUUGGUACAAAUGCCCUCGACGUCUUGUAUGAGGACUUCAAUGAGCAAAUGACCAUUCCUGAGCAUUGUACUUAUGCCCCUCUCCUUAGACAUCUGUAUGCUAUCUACAGGAGUAAAACAAAAACUGAUAGUUUUGUGGGGACAGUCAAGUCACAAUGUAAAACCAACAUAGUAAUUCCAGCUGGUCAGAAAAUAGCCUUAAAUGGACGUGUCAGAAAUGUCUGUGCAGGCCCUGGAUCCACUCUUCUAGUCGAGCCCCACAGCCAGUCCAGCCUACCAGGUGGCUUGAUAUUUUCCAGCUAUGUAAUGUCAAGGCCACGACAGGCAUCCUUCAAAGUUCCCAUUCUCCUAAAAAACGAGACAACGCAUGAUAUUAUUCUGCCAGCUCACCGUCCUUUGGCAGAGAUAUCUGUCCCACUUUCAGUUUCUCCUGCAAGGUCUGAAUGUAUGAAUCGAACUGGAAGUUCAGAGCAGAAACAUGCUCAGUGUUACACCACCCACAAAGUAAGAUCAAGUGACAAAAUCCAGUUCGAUUUUGGUGACUCACCCCUGUCAAACGAGUGGAAAGAUAGGAUUGCUGGGAAGCUGAAUUCCGUGUCUGAUGUUUUUGCUAGGGGUGAACUUGAUUAUGGUCACACCACAGUGGUGAGACAUAAGAUUCGGCUCUCUGAUCCAACGCCUUUUAAACAGAGGCCAAGGCCCAUUCAUCCCUCUGAUUAUGAAGCUGUCCGCCUUCAUUUGGAGCAGCUGUGCGACAGCAACAUUAUUAGAGAGUCCGAGAGCCCAUUUGCUUCACCAAUUGUAGUUGUGAAAAAGAAAAAUGGGCAGAUCCGCCUAUGUGUGGAUUACAGAAAGUUGAACAACCAGACGAUCAAAGACGCUUAUGCCUUGCCCAAUAUAGAAGAGGCAUUUACAGCUCUGUCAGGAUCCAAAUGGUUUUCUGUUAUGGAUUUAAAGUCUGGAUAUUACCAGGUAGAGGUGGAAGAAGAGGAUAAACACAAGACGGCUUUUGUCACACCCAUGGGGUUUUGGGAAUUCAACAGGAUGCCCCAAGGAGUCACUAAUGCUCCAAGCACUUUUCAAAGAGUUAUGGAGAAAUGCAUGGGCUCCAUGAACCUCAAGGAAGUACUGGUCUUUCUUGAUGAUCUUAUAGUGUUUUCCAAUACUUUGGAGGAACAUGAAGAAAGGCUCCUGCGAGUUCUGAACAGAUUGAAAGAAUUUGGUCUCAAACUUUCACCUGAGAAAUGUCACUUUUUCCAAAAGUCAGUGAGGUAUUUAGGACACAUUGUCUCAGAACAGGGAGUGGAGACUGAUCCUGAUAAAAUCUCUGCACUCACCACAUGGCCCAGACCCACAAACCUGUCAGAACUGAAGUCAUUUUUAGGCUUCACCGGCUAUUAUCGCAGGUUUGUCAAAGACUAUUCUAAAAUUGCUAGGCCAUUGAAUGAUUUGACAGCUGGUUAUGUCCCUGCCAAGAAGCUGAAACACCACAAAUCAUCAUCAAACAGCGACCUGAACCGUCCUUUUAAUGAGAAAUGGACUCCCUCAUGUGAGGAAGCUUUCAAGACCCUCAUUGAGAAGUUGACAUCUGCACCAGUGCUUGGGUUUGCUGACCCCAGAAAAGCCUAUGUUUUACACACCGAUGCUAGUUCACAUGGACUUGGUGCAGCCCUAUACCAGGAAGAAGAUGAACCUGAUAGCCGAGGAACAAAGAAUAUUCUGGUGAUAACGGAUCACUUUACGAAGUUUGCUGUUGCAGUGCCAACUCCAGACCAGAAGGAAAAGACCGUUGCCAAGGCCCUGUGGGAAAAAUUCAUCAUUCACUAUGGCAUACCAGAGCGGUUGCAUAGUGAUCAGGGCCUGCCAAUCGAACCCAGUCAUGGAAGUCCAGAGAAAGAGACACCCAAAGGCGACAUCUCCAAAGAGAAUCCAUUUUCUGAAGUUGAAGGAGACUAUCAUUAUCUGGGUGAUAAUGACAGUGUGUCUUAUGACUUUCCAGUAGUUUACGAAGAAGUCAAUUACCCGGCUUUCACUACUGUCAGUGAAAUCCCCAAAGCAACUGAGUCUGUGUCAGAACAAAGUGUGGACCGAGACGAGUCUGAUCUAAACCCUGCAGUAGAGGAGUUUCAUUCUGCACCCGUGGAGCUGGAUGAGAGUGAUGAUCCAGCCACAGAAAAUGAUGUUGAACCUCUGAGAGAGGUUAUUGACGUAACUCGGGAGCAGUACCAAACUGAAACAACCGGGUUGUCGGAUGGAAAAGAGGAGAGUGAUGGAGAUGGAUUGGAGGCAGAGGUUGCUAAAGAUGAAAAACCCCCAGAAACAAGAGAAAUCAGGCGUGAGUUGACUAACUACGCUAGCAUAGCAAGCUAA